AUGUGGAUGCUUCAUUCCCACUUAGAAGGAGAACAAAAUACUCACAGGAGGAAAUACAGGGACAAUGAGUGGAACAGGGGCAGAAGAAAAGGUCAUCCAGAGGCUGCCCCAUCUCGGGUUACAUCCUAUAUGCAGCCACCAAACUCAGUUACUCUUGCUGACGCCAAGAAGUACUUGCUUAGUGGAGCCAGAUAUGGAUGUCUCCUGAGAGGCUCUGGCAGAGCCCUACUGACACAGAUUAGGAUGAUUGCUGACGACAACAACAAUGCGUACACAGUAAGACAGUCACGGAAAUGUUCACAUUCAUGGGGAAACACCUUUGAUGAAAUCGGAAUUGAGCUGUCUUUUAAGACACUGAGUAGGAGAUGGAAGGGAACCAAUCACCCUCCUGUUUCUGCUGUCAACACUGCACCAAGGCUAUCAGCACGUCUCCCAAGACGUUCUGUCUGCGUCUACUCCCUCCACUGUUUAUCAGUCCCGAUUCAGAGACUGACAGCCAAACUUCAGAUGGGGCUUGGGGAGUGUUUUGGAAGAAUUCAGAGAAAGAUAAAGGGACCGAAGAGGAUAGGGACUCCACAAGAAGACCGACAAAGUCAAGGGCAGUCAGUGGAACUUGGGGAGCACCUAGGAGAGCAUGUGGGACAAGAGACGCCAAAAAGGACGCCAAAAUAA